UGUAGCUAUGCUAGAUAAAAACAAAACCCUUUAAAAGGAUAUAAUGUAAUGCAGGUAUGAGCAUUGACACCGCCGAUCCGCAGGCGGCAGUAGAGCGCUGGAGAUUCAGUGACUGCAUCGCUUCAGGGACGUCUGCUGAAGAGUGCUGUCAAAACAGGCAGUAUUGUUGGGUGUAAAGCUAUAAGAGCUGUGCUGAUGGAGCAGUGUGCGUGUGUGGAGAGAGAGCUGGAGAAAGUGCUGCACAGGUUUGUCACAUACGGACAUCAGUCAGAAGAACGACUGGAUGAGCUCCUCAGGACCGUCUGUGACCUGCGCAGUCGAUUGGUCGCCUACGGUGUGCAGGAUGCAGAUCUGUCAGUGUUGCAUCAAACAAUGGCGCAGUGUUGCAAGGAGAUCAAAGAAAGCGUGCAGGUGCUCGCCUCACGGCACAAGGACAUCCAUGGCAGUGUUUCAAAAGUGGGCAAAGCUAUCGACCGAAACUUUGAUGCAGAAGUGAGUGCAGUUAUAGCUGAACAUGUGUGGGAUACUCCAGAGAGGCAAAAAUACCUCAGUGAAACAAUCGUAGAGCAUUUAUAUCGACAGGGCAUGCUGAGCGUCGCCGAAGACCUCUGUCAGGAGUCUGGUGUAGUCAUUGACAUGAGCAUGAAACAACCUUUUCUGGAGCUCAAUCGUAUCUUAGAGGCUUUAAGAACACACGAUCUGCGUCCAGCACUGGAGUGGGCAGUGACAAACCGUCAACGUCUGCUGGAUCUCAACAGUACACUGGAGUUUAAGCUGCACAGACUUUAUUUCAUUAGUCUGCUCAAUGGAGGAGUCGGCAAACAGCAGGAGGCUUUACAGUACGCCAGACACUUCCAACCGUUUGCGUCGCAGCAUCAGAGAGAUAUUCAGAUCUUAAUGGGCAGCCUGGUGUACCUCCGGCACGGGAUCGAGAACUCGCCUUACCGUGGUCUUCUGGAGACGGAUCAGUGGGCAGAGAUCUGUAACAUCUUCACACGGGACGCUUGUGCGCUGCUUGGACUCUCUGUGGAGUCUCCACUUAGUGUCAGUUUUGCAUCAGGCUGUAUGGCUCUGCCGGUGCUCAUGAACAUCAAACAGGUUAUUGAACAGAGACAAUGCAGCGGUGUGUGGACACAUAAAGAUGAGCUACCAAUUGAAAUCGACCUUGGGAAGAAGUGCUGGUAUCAUUCAGUGUUUGCCUGUCCAAUACUGAGGCAGCAGACGUCAGAAAGUAAUCCACCUAUGAAGCUCAUCUGUGGACACGUUAUAUCCAGAGAUGCCCUUAACAAACUUACCAACGCUGGAAAGCUGAAAUGCCCGUAUUGUCCAAUGGAGCAGAAUCCCACAGAUGCCAAACAGAUCUUCUUCUGAUGUCUUUUUUGGAGCAGAGCUGAAUGAAGCGUCAAAGGUCUUUCAGAGCCGCAAUUUGAACGAUUGUCAUUCGCGGGCAUUAUGAUCCUCGUGUGGCGCCACCUCCGUCUACAAAGCUUUUAGUUUACAGAGGUCGGCGGGCAAACGUACCUGUAGUACCCGAAUCUGUAAGUGAACCUCAUGAGGGAAAGAUCUGUGUGGAUCAUUAAGACGGUGUAGUAUAAACAGGCUUUUAUAAGUAUGUAUCUGCUCUACAUUUAUUUCUGUUUUAAUUGCAGAAGGGUUUUUUUAGGUUUUCAAGCUAUAACACCUCUUCCUUCUUUUGGUUUUGUGUGAUUUUUAGUAAGCGAUUGAGUGUAACGCGUCUGCGCGGGUGACUUCUAGCCAGAAUAUAUCCACAGUUUCCUCUUUACAGAAAGCAUAUAAAUAACUGAAUGGGGAUUAUUGCACGUGUAUCAUAGAAAUGAUUUUUCAGUAUGUAUAUAAACAAUGACAGAAUAAAGGUGGAUGGAUUGGUGAAGGCCUGGUUGUUAACGUUAGAGACCGGUGCGUGCGUGUUGUAAACGUAAUGUUGAUUGUAAAUGAAUGACGUCUCACUUCUCCAUGUAAUAAAAUGUUGGUGAUUGGACUGAAUAGUGCAUCAGUUUGAGUUUUCUGACGUCUGAUGACAUCUUGUUCAAAUGAAACUUCUGUGCCACAUCUUUGCUCUGUGUAUUUAAAACAAAAUCUUCUAACUAUACUGCAGUGAGUUUGAUUUGCCAUCAGUAGAUCUGCAUACAUUGUAAUGUAUUACACACACAACUGAAGAUUAGACUUUACGGCUCUGAGUUCAUCAGCUUGUGUUCAUGAAAUAAAUCCUCUGCAGGCUGCACGCAAAAUAUAAAAUGAGCAAUCGAUCCCUUACCGUGUCUAUCACACUUUAACUGUGUCCAUGAUUAAUGUACAGUUGAUGUUAGACUGAGCGUGUGUGUGUUAUAUUGUGUGUUUGUGCGUGCGUGCGUGUUUGUGCGUGCGUGUGUGUGCGUGUGUGUUCUUCCAGGUGAAAGGUGGAAUAAUAUUUGAUCCCUCAGGAUAUUUCUGUAUAAUCCUCCCUGGCUUUAAUGCUGUGUAAACGCUCAUUGCUCAGCUGUAAAAAUGAACAUCUGUCUGUGUCCUGAAUGUGCAUGCUAAUGCUGAAUGUGUGGAUAUGUAAACUACAGAUUGAGAAGGAUUGAAUGUAAAUAGAAUUGAAAUCCUUGCCCACCAGAAGUUUUCCUGACUCGUGUGGUCCAGACCUGAAACCUUUCUAGAUCUCUUUGAUGUGGAGGAUAAACCAGCAGAGUUGAGGUCUACAGAGUUAAAAGAUGAGUUCUGUUUUCUGUAAAACAUUUUUGUUUUGAAUAAAUUGUUCAAGUUAAUUUAAUGUUUUACAGUUUCUUUAUUUUGAGAGCUGCAAGAGGCGUUGCACAUUUGAAGCUGUAGCAAUGUGUGUUGGAGUGGUGAUGUGUGCUGAUACUACAGCCGCGUGUGUUUUCUUUUCUUUGGUAGACAAUCAUUUGUUAUCUCCCCAAAAUGUGUCGGAUCAAAGCAGAGAUCUGUGUUAUAACCUCAGUUUAAGGAAGUGUUUUUUUUUUUAGUUUUCAUUCAAUGAAGACUCUGCUUUCUAACAACUAUUGUAAAUAUUUAUCUUCCAAUAACACAGUAUGUUUAUUAUACUUGCAUCUAAAUAAUAAAAUGAUUUAUACACAACUGUC